CGUCCUCCAAUCUGUAUAAAAUCGGACACGUGACAGCGGAUAGCGGCUGCGCUCAACGCUCCGAUCAGACGAAAGGCAUCCCGGACCUCUCUCGCCAUGGCCUUCCUGCAGGCGCUGUUCAAGUACAUCGAUGAAAACCAAGAACUCUACGUGAAGCGUCUGUCCGAGUGGGUGGCUGUCCCCAGCGUGUCCGCGUGGAGCGAGAGUCGCCCCGAAGUUGUCCGCAUGGUGCAGCUGGCGGCCCACGAGGUCACAAGGCUCGGAGGCAGCGUGGAGCUCGUGGACAUCGGCACGCAGACGAUGCCGGAUGGUUCCAAGCUGGCGCUGCCGCCCAUCCUGCUGGCGACGCUGGGCACGGACCCGUCCCUCAAGACGGUGCUCAUCUACGGCCACCUCGACGUGCAGCCGGCGCGUCUCGACGACGGCUGGGACACGGAACCCUUCACCCUCACCGAGAAGGACGGCAAGCUGUACGGCCGAGGCUCCACGGACGACAAGGGGCCGGUCCUGGGUUGGCUGAACGUCAUCGAAGCCUUCCAGAACCUCAAGCAGAAGCGGAUAUGA